UUCCUCUCACACACACACACACACACUCUCUCUCUCUCUCUCUAGUUUAUUUUUCAAUUUCAGUAAUGGCCCAUCUCAAACUUUUAGUAUCACUUUUUGUUUUGUUCUUCACUUUUACAUCUGCAAGAAAAAUUUCAUCUCAUGUUAAGUUUGAAAUUUCUACUAAUGGUUCUGCAACAAGGAAUUACACUCAUGUAUGUGACCCUCAAAGGUUUGCAGAUCAAGGGUUGAACAUGUCAUCAUUCCUUUACUGUGACAAGUUAAUCCCAUAUGAAAUCAGAGCCAAAGAUCUGAUUGAUAGGAUGACAUUGGCUGAGAAAAUGAAGCAGAUGGGAGAUCAAUCUCCUGGGGUCUCUAGACUUGGGCUUCCUCCUUACAAAUGGUGGUCUGAGAUCCUUCAUGGAGUUGCAGAUACUGGCUUUGGUACUAAAUUCAAUGAUGAAGUUCCUGGUGCCACAAGUUUCCCUACAGUUAUCCUCUCAGCAGCCACCUUCAAUGAAUCUCUAUGGAAGCUUAUAGGCCAGGUUUCAUCAACAGAAGCUAGAGCUAUGUAUAAUCUUGGAGCUGCUGGCUUGACCUUUUGGAGUCCAAAUAUUAAUGUGGUUAGGGAUCCUAGAUGGGGAAGAACCUUGGAGACUCCUGGAGAAGAUCCAUUUGUUGUUGGAAUUUAUGCGAUUAAUUUCGUUCGAGGUUUGCAGGAUAUUGAAGGAUUUGUUGAUGUGCCUAAUCCAAAUUCUAGGCCUCUUAAGAUUGGUGGAUGUUGUAAGCAUUUCACUGCUUAUGAUAUUGAUAAGUGGUAUGAAGUUGAUCGUCAUACUUUUGAUGCUAAGGUUGCUGAGAGAGAUAUGAUAGAGACUUUUAAUCGUCCAUUCGAGAUGUGUAUUCGAGAAGGAGAUGUUGUUAGUGUUAUGUGUUCCUUCAACAAUGUUAAUGGUAUCCCAGCUUGUAGUGAUCCAAAACUGUUAAGAGAGACUAUUAGAGGAGAAUGGGGUCUUAAUGGGUACAUUGUAUCUGAUUGCUAUUCAAUGGAUGUAAUACGUAAUAGACAAAAAUGGCUUAAUGAUUCAAAUGAAGAUGUUAUUGCAAAAUCAUUGAAUGCAGGUUUGGAUUUGGAAUGUGGAUGGUACUUCCAAGACUUUGGUGUAAAUGCAACUAUGCUUGGUAGAAUCAGAGAGGGAGAAAUUGAUAGGGCUUUGAAGAAUAACUAUGUUGUUCUAAUGAGACUCGGAUUCUUUGAUGGUAUCCCUUCACUCGAAAAACUUGGAAAGAAGGAUGUUUGCUCUGAUGAACACAUUGAGUUAGCUGCAGAUGCUGCCAGGCAAGGAAUUGUUUUGCUUAAGAAUGACAAUCAAACUUUGCCUUUCAGUUCUUCCUCAGUUAAGAGCAUUGCAGUGUUAGGACCUAAUGGUAAUGUCACUAAAACCAUGAUUGGAAACUAUGCAGGUAUUCCAUGCAAGUACAGUACUCCUAAGGAUGGAUUCUCUACCUAUGGAAAUGUGACUUUUGUAAAAGCAUGUGAAGAUGACACCCCUUGUACAAAGACUGAUGGCUUUCCUGCCGCUGUGGAGGCAGCAAAGAAUGCAGAUGCUACCAUCCUUGUUGUUGGCUUGGAAUUAAAGUUUGAGAGAGAGGAAUUUGAUAGAGUUGAUCUCAAACUUCCUGGUAACCAAACUGAUUUAGUCAAUCAGGUUGCCAGUGCUGCUAAGGGUCCAGUCAUUCUUGUGGUCAUGGCUGCAGGUUGUAUUGAUGUUUCUUUUGCUAAGCAAAACCCUAAAAUUCAGGCCAUUCUUUGGGUUGGUUAUCCUGGUGAGGAAGGUGGCCGUGCCAUGGCUGAUGUUGUGUUUGGAAAACACAAUCCAAGUGGAAAGUUGCCUCUUACAUGGUACAUUAAUGACUACACAGAUAAGUUGCCCAUGAAUUCCAUGUCCUUAAGGCCAGUUCCUGAACUUGGCUACCCUGGAAGGACUUAUAAGUUCUUCAAUGGUCAAACCCUUUAUCCUUUUGGUUAUGGCCUCAGCUACACUCAGUUCAAUUACUCAAUGGUAUCUUCUGCUCAUGCAUUUAACCUGAAAUUGGGAAAGCUCCAACAUUGCCGUGAUAUCGCUUAUGAGGAUGGUACCGCUAGGCCUCCUUGCCCUGCAAUUGUGGUAGAUGACAUAACUUGUGGCAAAGAGUUGGAUUUCAAGGUUGAUGUUAAAGUUCAAAAUGUGGGAAAUGUGGAUGGAGCCGAUGUUGUCAUCAUCUACUCAAAGCCUCCGGCGGGCAUCAAGGAAACUCAUAUCAAACAGGUUAUUGGGUUCCAAAGGGUGUUCUUGAAAGCAGGGGAGAGCAAGAUCUUGAAGUUUACAUUCAAUGCUUGCAAGAGCUUGAUGGUGGUGGACAAGACAGCUUAUAAGGUUUUGCCAUCCGGGGGCAACACGAUUGUGGUUGGAGAUGAUAAGCUCUUUUUACCAGUUCAUAUCAAUAUUGAGUCUUACCAAAACUAGAUGGUUACUUGGAUUGUUUAGGUUAGCUCAAGUUCUAAUUAUCUUGUUUUUUUCUCCUACUUCAGUAGGAAUUAGGAGUGGUUAUAUGUUCUGCAAUUCAAUAUGAUGGGAUCUGUUGAGUUUCUCAUUAAUUAAACGUUAAUUUUGAUAUUUGCAAUCA